UGACUCAAAUAAAAUCCCAAACCCAAAGGCAGCAGUAAGCUUGCACUCUCUAUCCCUCCCUCUCGCCAUACAGAAGCCAAGCGGCGACCAUAGCGAAGAGCAGCGCCGUUUCGUUGCGUAUUCGUCGGACAUUUCCUCUUCAGAAAAGCAUCGAAGGUUUUUAGUUGGAGUUGAUGGCAUCAAAGUUGCAACAGUUGCAAUCCAAGGCAUGCCAAGCGACGAAGUUUCUGUCGCAGCAUGGAAAUGCUUACUAUAAGCAAUUAUUGGAGCAGAACAAGCAAUAUAUUCAGGAGCCUCCUACUGUGGAGAAGUGUAACUUGUUGGCAAAACAAUUGUUUUACACUCGUCUGGCUAGUUUUCCUGGGCGCCGUGAGGCAUUCUGGAAGGAAGUUGAUUAUGCAAAGAAUUUAUGGAAGAACAGGCAGGAUCUGAAGGUUGAGGAUAUGGGCAUUGCUGCUUUGUUCGGACUGGAGUGCUUUGCAUGGUAUUGUGCUGGUGAGAUUAUCGGAAGGGGAUUUACUUUCACUGGUUACUAUGUCUGAGGUUACUUAGUUGGUAAAAUGUUUUCAAGGAAAAGAAUAUGUAAGCCUCCCAUAACAUUCGUGAUUGAGUCACAGCUACUCUACAUGCAAUUUUUGUUGUUUCUUCAACAUUUUUGAAGCUGAGAAAUCAGUGGGUAACUUUGGUAGCGUCAAUAAUUUUGCAUUUGAAGUGACCUGGUUUGACAAACCUUGCUGUUUUAUUUUAUCAGAAACUGCUACAGCGACCCAUGAUUGAUUAUAAAGGAUGCAAGUUAUUGUGGA